GGGCGCCUCAGCAACGGCCGAGCCCGCGCAUGCGCAGCAGGCGGCCCGCGGCAGCAUGGCGGCGUCCGAGGAGGAGCCGCCCGCGGAGCCGCAGCUCCCGGACACCCCCGUCGACAUCUGCCUGGAGGCGGCGGCCAACGCCAUCGCGCUGCACCCGGAGCGGGAGCUGCUGGCGGCGGGGGACGUGGACGGCGACGUGUAUCUGUUCUCGUUCCGCGCUGCAGGGCCCGGCCGGCAGCUCUGGUCCUCGGGUCACCACCUCAAGUCGUGCCGCGACGCCGCGUUCUCCGCCGACGGGCGCAGGCUGCUCACCGUGAGCAAGGACAAAGCGCUGCACGUGCUGACGGUGGAGGACGGGCGGCUGGAAACGCGCAUCGCCAAAGCGCACGGCGCCGCCCUCAACUGCGUGCUGCCCAUCGAGCAGCACCUCGUGGCCACGGGCGACGACGGCGGGGAGCUCAAAGUGUGGGACCUGCGCAAGGGCAGCGCCGUGCUGGAGGCCCGGCAGCACGACGAGUACAUCAGCGCCAUGGCCGUGGAUGCGGCCGGGAAGAUCCUGCUGACCGCCAGUGGCGAUGGCACCAUGGGAGUCUUCAACAUCAAAAGGCGCCGCUUCGAGCUGCUCUCGGAGCCGCAGAGCGGGGACCUGACGUCUGUGGUGCUGCUGAAGCGAGGGAGGAAAGUGGCGUGUGGCUCCUGCGAAGGAACCAUCUACCUCUUCAACUGGAACGGGUUCGGGGCCACCAGCGACCGCUUCUCUCUGAGGGCUGAGUCUGUGGACUGCAUGGUGCCCGUCACAGACAGCAUCGUGUGCACAGGGUCCCUCGAUGGGGUCAUCAGGGCAGUGAACAUUUUGCCCAACCGGGUUCUGGGCUGCGUGGGGCAGCACCUGGGGGAGCCCAUCGAGCAGCUGGCCGUGGCUCCGGGCGGGCAGCUCCUGGCCAGCUGCGCCCACGACCAGAAGGUGAAGUUCUGGGACAUCUCCUCGCUGGGCUCCAUGGUGGUGGACGAGUACCGCAAGAAGAAGAAGCGGGGCGGGCAGCUGAAAGCCCUGAGCAGUAAAGCUGUGGGCAGCGGGGAGGACUUCUUUGCAGACCUGCGAGAGGAGCAGGAGGCCACGGCAGAGGCAGCAACAGGGAGCGACAGUGACGACAGUGACUGAGGGGCUGCUGGGGCUGUGGAGGUCCUGAGAUUGGGAACAAGGCAGGGUGACAGUGGUAAUGGUGAUGGUGGGGCCUGUGGUGUGGGGACAGCAAAAGGAAACGGGGCAGCUCCCAUCUGCUGUGAGAUGUGAUGUUCCACAGCGUCGGUGGGGACUGUGUCGCAUCCCCUGCAGGCUGCAGCAGGGCAGAUAUAUCAAGCAUCAGGCAACUGUUAAGCUUAGGCAUCAGGUGUAUUAAAAACAUAGUGCCUUUUGGUUUCUAGCA